AUAUAGUGAACAAUAGUUACGAUUGUUUUGAUGCAAUCGUUGACACAAACCAUAACUCAAUCAUCGCUUUUGUGUUCACAUCAAGACAUCAACACUUCCUCCGCAGUCGACCCGUAAUUGUCAUCACAUUAUGUCAACCGAUGGGGAGAAGCCUAAGACGGCCGAAGAGGUGACGGAUCCGGAGGUGGACGAAGAGUUGUCCACAUUAUUGGACAGCGCUCUCAACGAGUUUCGGGUGAAGCCGAAAGCGAGUGGCAAAGCGCCCGAUGUGUGCGAAGUGUCUGCCAUAGCGAGCGGUGGUGUCGUCGGCGCGACCUCUUCGGGCCUCACAGAGGAUCCAGAGGUUCCGGACUUAACGCCCAACUCUUUUGAACACAAUCUGAACACAGAUUUCGCCAAAUUUGAUGAAAUGUUUUCGCCGUUAAUUAAUUCCGAUCCUCAGCUCAAAGAGCACUGGACUCGACUCACUGAGUCGUGCGCUGACGCAGCUAACGCCACCAGUGAUGAGGAGUUCCAGAACUCAUUACAGGAGACAUUGAAGACCAUAUCGGAAAAGGCGCAGACAGUGGUCGGUCAGGACAACAACCUC